AGAGUAUUUGUCAGUGGAGCCUCUUACAGAAACAUGUACUUUUACUCACUCUUGAGUUUUUUAAUUCUCUUUGUGUUGCUCCUCUGUAUCUCAGAUUCUGAGAGCGUGAGGACACUGAAGAAUUUAGCUGUAAAACGUGGAGGAUCUCUCUGUAUUCCAUGCUUUUAUGAUGAGAAAUACAAAUCAAACCGUAAAUACUGGUGUGAGGGGCAUUCAUGGUCCUCAUGCAACAUAGUAGCCUCUACAAACACAAGUGGAAGAAUAUCAGUCACUGAUCAUCCAACACAGAAUAUGUUUACUGUGGAACUGAACAGCCUCCAAGACUCUGACUCUGGAUAUUAUUGGUGUGCUGUGGAUAUUAGUGGCCGUGUGGAUGACGGUGACCAUUUGUACUUGAAUGUUAGUGCAGAUCCUGCUGUGUCAGUGAUAAACAGCAGAGUGAGUGGUCAGGAAGGGGGCAGUGUCAGUGUCCAGUGUCUCUACAGUGCUGAAUAUCAGAAUAAACAGAAGAAGUGGUGCAGGUUUGAAGACUGGAGCUGCUUCACAGUGGGGAGGACUAACACAUCCCAGAAUUCAUCAGUGCUGGUCAUUGACUAUGGAAAAGGAUCUGUCAGUGUGGAGAUGAGGGGUCUGCAGAAGAGUGAUGCUGGCUGGUACUGGUUCAGUGCAGGAGAUGUGGGGGUUACUGUUCACCUCACUGUCACUGAAAGACCUUCAACAACAGCUGUGACUGCAGUUUCUGGCAGUGAGAAACCUAAGGGAACCGCGACCACCCCAGGUACGAUCAUAAACACUGCUAAUUGGUCAACAAAUCAUGCAUGACAAAAAAUUAUACAUAUUGUUGAACCUUCUGAUAUAAACAUGCUGUGGCCAAGGUAUCUGUUGCUGUAUUAAAAAUGUAAAAAAAAAGUAGAACAAGCCUUCUGUGUUUACACCUGGAAUCUGGGCUGUAAUAUAAACCAGUUUGUGAUUUUAGGAUAUUUUUGUGUCCAAAUGACUGGAUGCUGGCACUGGCUUACAUGUAACCAUGUGAUUUGUGACCAUGUGAUUGACAGACUGUGGAGGACUCUGGAAAUUCUGAGAUGUGCAGAUGCUUUAAUGUAUAGACAUCCAUAAUCCAUAUCUGUAAUUUCAGUAACAUACAGUUAUGCAUUUCAGUGUAGUUAUGUGCAUUUCUGUAAU